UAAACAAAUGAUAAGUCUGAUAUAAAUUAAUAUAUUUUAUUAUUGUUUCACUGCAAGCGCGAUCAAUCGAGUCAAUUGACCGCUGCAGCGCUCGGCCUAGAAAUAUCGUUCUUCAGGAUAUUACCAUCGACUGUUGAGUGUCGAAGGCUUAGAAUUGGGUCAUUUUGUAUUAUUUCACAAAUUUUCACCUGCGCGGACAAUUUUCAGAUCAAUUUGUGAUUGUCGAUCUCGAUCCAAUGUAUACGCCCCAGAUUGUCGAUCUCGAUCGAAUGUAUACGCCCCAGAUUGUCGAUCUCGAUCCAAUGUAUACGCCCCAGAUUGUCGAUCUCGAUCCAAUGUAUACGCCCCAGAUUUUCACUAAAAAAUAUUUAAGACCAGAAAAUAAUCCUAAUAUAUCUGAAUUUUUUUCUGUUUUUUAGUUUCCUUGGAAAUGCUCAGAGCUGCAGUGUCCGAAAAUGCCGAAAAGACGAAAAUCUUCAACUGUACCGACAACUAUGUCCCCAAAAGCAGCAAGGCAGACUAUUUCAGAAUUGUUUGGUGAUUCACAUCAGUAUUCACAUAAAAAGUUCUCUGCAAAGAAUAAUGCCGUUCAUACAGAAAAGAGCAGUGAGAGAACGGUUGAUGACACUGAAGUGAAUGCUAAUCAUAAUGAGAUUCUAAAAAAUGCGGAACAUGAAAACGAAAAAACGAAUAAUGGAAAAAAAGAAGAAGUACGCAAGAUUAACUUGCAGAAAUCUAAUGAUGCCAAGGAACAUGCUGUUAAACUAGUCGAAGAUUUUCUUACCAAUCCCUCAAUUCAGAUCGAAGACAUUGGUUCUCCAACUAGUCCUCUUAACCUAACAUGCAAACCUGCAGACCAAGUCCCAAAACCGACAACUAAACCCACCAAGCCUCCCAUGCUGUUUAUUAGUCCACGGCGAAUUGAUCUUUCAUCAGGAACUAAUCCCAUGCUCAAUUCUCUUUUGACCGCAAACCAAACAACUGCUAAUCCUUCUGUAAAAACAUCCUCCCAGACUGUUAGUUCGAUGAGAAAUGUGUCACUAGCAGUUUCUGAACAUAGUUCUUGCUCAAAUCUGAACCCCUUACCUACUUCAGGACAAAUGGGUCUUAAGAUAAGGCCCCUUGCACCUAAGCAAUUAGUUAUUAGGCCUUCCAUCUUCAUUCCACAAGAUGGUAAUAGUAGACCUUUGCAAGAAAUGGGACGCCACAGAUUCACUAGUGAAAUGUUUAUUGUCAACCCAUCAUUGGGUCAGGGUGCAAUCCAUCAUAAUAAGCAGUUGGCUUCUAAAGAUCAAGUAAGCAUUCUACCAGUGUCUUCCCAAACUCCACAGAUAAGAAUGGGAAACCUAACACCAGAGGUUGAAAUUUUUACUAAACCCCGCCCAGUUACUGUUUUGAUGCCACCUCAAUCAAAUUCUAUCCAGACGUCCGUUGCAGCCAAUGUAAGAUAUAGAAAGAUUAUGCCAAUGGCACGGUCUGGGUCUCUAGGUUUUGUAAGUGUUCGGCCCAUGGCAUAUCUUCAGACAGACAUGCAAAACAUAAUGCAAAAUCCCCCUGCUAGAAUGGAAAUACCUCCUGCUAGAAUGAAAAUACCUCCUGCUAGAAUGGAAAUACCUCCUGCUAGAAUGGAAAUUCCACCUGCCAGAAUGGUAAUUCCCCCUGCUAGAAUGGAAAUUCCACCUGCCAGAAUGGAAACUUCCCCUGCUAGAAUGGCAAGUUCACCUCCAAGAAUAGGAAUGCCACCAUUGAGAAUGGGAAAUUCGUCUGUUAAAAUUGGAGUACCCCCUGCUAGGAUGGGAAACCCCUCUGGCCGAAUGGGAAUUCCUUCUAUCAGAUUAGGAAAUCCCCCUGCCAGAAUGGGAGAGCCUUUCCUUCCUACUGUUCAGGUCACAGGACCAAAACUAUUCCCUAAACCUUCAGGUUCUAGCCAGAAUUUAACAAUCCGACAAAUAGCACCAGCUCCAAACCAAUGGCAGUUUCCUCCAAGGCCAACAGUUAGUUCCACAAGCAUCUUUUCUACAACAGCAUCAUAUAGGGACAAAGUCCAAGCUUUUUCUCGUCAAAACAUUCAAUUACCUCAGCACUCUGUUCCACAGGAUUUCCUAAGACAUCCAAAUAGUGGCAACAUUUGCCCUUCUUCUAAUGUCAUAAAUAUCCCUUCCAGUUGUACAUCUUUCCCUACUUUCACUACUUCACAACAGUCCUUGAGCACUGCUGCCCUGAGAAUUCCAAACGGCGAAGGACUUGCUUCACAUAUUACAAAUUUGCAACCAAGCCAACAAGCUCUAUAUGCAGUAACGUCUCACCUGCAAUCCAAACAAAAUUCUCAAUUCUUAGUUCUUAAUCAGUCUAACGCUAAGGGAACACUUCAAGUGUUUCAGUCUCCGUCUCAUCCUACAGGACAAAACCAGGGCUCCACUCAACAAAUACUGUCUGCACCAUCAUUCAGCACCGGUAAUCAAUCAAUUGACCCAACAAAAAACUUCUUGUCUAAAAUUUGUCGGGUGUCAACUGUUCAAAAUAAAGAUUCAGAAAAUGGGAUAAAACCAACAAACGAAGACAACAACAACCUAUCAACUAGCAGGAAACUGAAGAAAACUAGAAAACCAAAAACACGUAAAGGAAAAAAAGGGACUAAACAAGUUUCUUUGAGCAUAACGUCUUUUCGCAGUUUAAAAACUUAUUCCAACAAAAAAAGGUCUUUCAUCAACACCGGCCAGACACUCACCAAACCUGAUGAAGGAAAAUGGCGGUUCGAUUCUGACGCCUCAGGAGUAUCUGUAGGAACUCCCUUCCAACCGGAAGUCCGGAUGGCAAGCUCUCUUCACAAAACAAUCAUUAACUCUCUUUUCUUCCGUGGCGCUACAGGCGUGAAAAAACAAGAUCAUGAGGCUGCCGAGGACAUCGACCAAAAUGACCCCGUAGAGAACAAUACGACCCUGACCUCCAGCGAUGGUUUGACCUCGGUAGAGGCUGUUGAUGAUCCUUCCCCGGGCAUUAAUGCAACCGUAGGGAAGAGGUAUAGGUGUACUUGGUGUACGGGGUAUUAUCAAACAUUGGCUCUCAUAAAGGAGCAUGUUUGUAUUCCCCGGUUUACCUGUAUAGAUUGCCCAACCAGUCUAAAGUUUAGAACAAGAUCUUUGCUCACUGAUCAUCUCGCCGAGGAGCAUCCAAAUCUCUCUAUCAAGUGCCCACACUGCAGGCUAAUAAGUGGUUCAAAAACAAAUCUUCUGCGUCAUAUACGAAGAGUUCAUGACGACAUCGGCGAACCGUCGGACAACGAUCUCUUUCCUGUCCUGGAAGAGGAAGGACGGGUUGUGAGCUCGGAGCAGGACAAGGAGAAUAUAAACUCCAACUCCAGCAGUCCAAAUCUAAGACCGGAGUCGAAUGAUACCACUAUUAAACCUAUUAAUGCUCCCGCUAAGUUGAACUAUCAUCCAUCUAUUUUCGAUGAAGAUGAGAUUGCGGAGAAGGAUGCUGAUACUGCUGAAUCAAAUGUUGAGGACGAUGGUUUUGAACUAUUUUCAUUCUUAGAACGAGUUGAAUCUCCCAAAGAAUCUGAUGAAGCUUCUCCAAAGGAGGCUUCCGAUGCAAAUAGAGCUGCUUCAAAUGAGGCUACGGAUAAAAAUGGAGAUGCUCCAAAUGAUGCUAUGGAUAAAGAUGGCGCUGUUGACAAGGAGGCUAUGAGUAAAGAUGGAGUUUCGAUCGAGAUUAUGGAUGAAGAUGUCUCUGAAAAUGAGGUGCUAACUGGGGAUGCCAUAACUGAUCAAGAACCAAAAUCUGGUGCAGUGAAUAACCAGGAUGAAAAAAUCUCUAAAUCUUCAAAAAUUCUAGAAUCUUCUGAGGGAGAUUUUACUGAGGCUGUAUUGGCCAAGUCAUCUGAAAAACUUGCCCAGAGUUUUAGGACUCCUCCUAGACUUACUCAAGCUCGGGCUCUCAUCCCGACCACUCCAGCAAUCAAUCAAUCUGUUGAUACUCCUACUCACCUGGAUAUUCCUCCUCCUUCUAUCAAGGUUCUUGAGGAGAAUGAGGAGGAGAAAGAAACCUUCUCUUGCUCUUCAUGCUCUAAACAGUUCAAGACUAAUGCUCGGUAUGCCCACCAUCUGAAAGUUUGUGCAGGAGAAAUAUAUCUAACUUAUCAGCCAUCAAGAAACAGAAACCCAAGGAUGGAUAAAUUUAUCAGGAUGGAGGAUGAUCUAUUCGAAGAAAAGGAAAUGUGUUUGAAAUGUUGCAGACCAAACUAUAAAGAGAUAAAUCUGGAAGAACAUCUUAAAAAAUGCAGGGGGAACUUCCAUCGGAGUACGAAAGUAGCCUGUCCUUUUUGUAAAAACCCUAAAAGAUUUUUCCAAACUCAGUCGAUGUUAAAGGGACAUAUCGCAAUACUUCAUGCACAUGAUCAAUCUAGGGGGAAAUGGAAAGAGAUUCAGAAGAAACAAAUUCUAGCAGAGGAACUCAAGAUUCAGAAUUUAGAAAAUCCGGACGAUUUUUUCAUCAUUUUUGUUAACUAUUGUUUAUUUAUGACUUAUUAUAUUGCAUGAAUUAUAAGAUAAAUCUCUAUAAUUGUAAAUAGUACCUUGCAUUUAAUUAAUUGUUAGAUAUUAAUUGUUAUCUUGAUAGAAAUAAAAUUUAAUGUGAUCUGA